CUGGUGCAAAUGCAAUGCUUCUGCUCCACCAUAACUGGACUGAUGUAAGCGCUCAACUUUCAGUCCACUCGAGUCGAGUCGAGUGUGCCCUCCUAUCAAUCAGCAUGUUCAUAUUAUGCGUUUUCUGCUUUAAUUAAUUGUUUUCUUCCUUGGGGGGAUGUUGUUGAUCAAAGCAAUGCCCUAUGUGUAGUUAGGCUAGGAACCUAACUCUAUGUCUAUAGCAUUCGUUGCUGGAGCUAGGUUUAGUUACACGAGUCUUCCCUCCCUCCCUCCAAUAUAUAUAUAUAUAUAUAUAUAUAUAUAUACACAUAUUUUAGUGUUGUCUGUCUCCGCUGUAUUUCUAUUUCAAUUUGUCUAUAGAGUGAUACCCGGAUGAAAUGGAGAACCUUUGGUUUUUGCAUUAGAAUUUUUCAGGGGGUUAAGUGAGUUAAUAUUUCUUUCAUUUGAUUGCUUCAAUCAUUGAGAAGGGGUAUGAGGACUUGUUCCAACUUAUCAAUCGCCUUGUCUUGAGGUUUUCAGCAAAAAGCAUUGGAAGCCGCGAUGAACGAUAUAAAUAAUUCGUUUGGCAAGGGGAGUGUCACAAGAUUGGGCAGUGCAGGCGGUGCUUUAGUUGAAACUUUCCCUAGUGGUUGUCUGACAUUGGAUUUUGCUUUGGGCGGCGGUCUUCCAAAAGGGAGAAUUGUUGAGAUUUUUGGUCCAGAAAGUAGUGGAAAGACAACCUUAGCUCUCCAUGCAAUUGCCGAAGUUCAGAAGUUAGGAGGCAAUGCGAUGCUUGUUGAUGCAGAGCAUGCUUUUGAUCCAGCUUACUCAAAAGCUUUGGGCGUCGAUGUUGAAAAUCUGAUUGUGUGCCAACCUGAUAAUGGCGAGAUGGCCCUGGAGAUUGCAGAUCGAAUGUGCCGAUCUGGAGCUGUGGAUCUUAUAUGUGUUGAUUCAGUCUCUGCACUCACUCCACGUGCUGAGAUUGAAGGUGAGAUUGGGAUGCAGCAGAUGGGUUUGCAAGCACGCCUUAUGAGUCAAGCUCUGCGUAAAAUGUCUGGGAAUGCAUCAAAAGCUGGUUGCACUCUCAUAUUUUUGAAUCAGAUAAGAUACAAGAUUGGUGUUUAUUAUGGUAACCCAGAAGUGACAAGUGGAGGGAUAGCCUUAAAGUUUUUUGCCUCUGUUCGCCUUGAAAUACGUUCCACUGGAAAGAUUAAGUCUGCAAAAGGAGAUGAAGAUGUUGGGCUUCGUGUACGUGUGAGAGUGCAAAAGAGUAAGGUAUCAAGGCCAUACAAGCAGGCUGAAUUUGAAAUCAUAUUUGGAGAGGGAGUGAGUAAACUGGGAUGCGUUCUUGAUUGUGCUGAAAUGCUUGAUAUUGUGGUUAAAAAAGGCUCAUGGUAUAGCUAUGGGGAUCACAGGUUGGGGCAGGGAAGAGAGAGAGCAUUGCAAUACUUGAGAGAGAACCCUGUUCUGCAUGAUGAGAUAGAGAAGAAAGUAUGGUCGAUGAUUGUAGAAGGAACUGGACAGCUGGGGUCUCCUUGUGGGAGGAACUUACCACAGCCCCUCCAAGAUGAGGAUGUUUAUGAAGAGAUUCAAUGAGAUGGAUCUCUAUUGACUUACUGAUUGACUGAAGGGAUUGAGGGCACACGUUAUAGAAUGCCAGGGAAUUUUGUGGAGUUCACCUACUCGUCUUCAAUCCAUUUCAUGGUGUAUGGCAGCUGAAACCCAAAGGAGGGAUAUGUUGUAUCUAGUUGGAACAUGCUGUAAUGUCCUGAAUGUUGUUAGAUUUGGGCACAAGCAUUGUACCGUAAAUGUUGAGGAGGGGGGAAAAAGAAAGAAAGAGGUUGGACUUUCCAUGGGGAAAGCAAAUACAUUUGAUGCUUCAAUGGUUGUCUUCUCUCAUCAAUUAAGUCCAUUUUACAUUAAUCUCAUGUACAGAGCAUUUUUGGGGCAUAUUGCCUUUUGAAUCCAGCAAAAAGAAAAUGAGCUUAAGAAUUUUUCUUACA